GCAAGACCCAGCCACUGUUUGGGACCCGGGUUCGGGGACCUAACGAGGUAAAACACGAACGUCCACGUCCAUCUAUGGUGGGAGUCUGAGACUUUGGGAAUUACUUAAUGAUGGCGACCCUCCGCUUCCCUUUUCAUUUCACAACGGAAGCCCCUCAGUGCGGUUGGCACCAAAAUCCUUCCGCUCGGUGCCUACGUGGAUAGCCCGGGAGCCCGCAGAGACCGCGGACCACACCUCUUCCGGGAGACCCCGCACAGACCGGAAGUGGGUGGGCCAGCCCCCUCGAAGCCCGCCCGAUAGGUUGCAGCCGCGGUCGCUCUCCAGACUUUGUCGAGCAAGGACAACGCCCGCCAUCUAAGCAUGAAGGCGGCGGUGGUGACUUCGACCGGGGCUGCCCCUGCGAUGGAGCCGGGCCCUUCUGUGUCCCCGGGGCCUUCGCUCUCCUUUAAAGAGGAGCUGCUGUGCGCUGUAUGCUACGACCCGUUCCGCGACGCGGUGACUCUGCGCUGCGGCCACAACUUCUGCCGCCGGUGCGUGACCAGCUGCUGGGAGGUGCAGUCGACGCCCUUGUGCCCGGUGUGCAAGGAACGAGCGAAUCCCGGGGAGCUGCGCACCAACCACACGCUCAACAACCUGGUGGAGACCCUGCUGCGGGAGGAGGCGGAGGGCGCGCGCUGGACCGGCCGCCGGUCCCCGCGCCCCUGCCGCGCGCAUCGCGCCCCGAUUACGCUCUUCUGCCUGGAGGACAAGGAACUGCUGUGCUGCGCCUGCCAGGCCGACGCCCGGCACCAGGAGCACCGCGUGCAGCCCAUCAAGGACACUGCUCAGGACUUCCGGGCCAAGUGUAAGAACAUGGAGCAUGUGCUGCGAGAGAAAGCCAAGGCUUUCUGGUCCCUGAGGCGGACCUAUGAGGCCAUCGCCAAGCACAAUGAGGUGCAGACCACUUGGCUGGAAGGCCGAAUCCGGGAUGAGUUUGACAAGCUGCGCGAUUUCCUGCGAGUGGAGGAGCAGGCCACCUUGGAUGCCAUGAAGGAAGAGAGCAGGAAGAAGCACCUGCAGGCUGAGGAGAAGAUGAAGCAUCUGGCCGAGCAGACCGAGGCACUGGCUCGGGAGAUCGAGCGUCUGCAGAUGGAGAUGAAGGAAGACGACAUGACCUUCCUCAUGAAACACAAGAGCAGAAAACGCCGGCUGUUUUGCACCGUGGAGCCAGCUCCUCUCCAGCCUGGCUUGCUUAUGGAUGCGUGCAAGUAUCUGGAGUCCCUGCAGUACCGUGUCUGGAAGAAGAUGCUUGGGUCUGUUGAAUCUGUGCCCUUCAGCUUGGAUCCCAACACGGCUGCUGGCUGGCUCAAAGUGGCUGAUGACCUCACGAGUGUCAUCAACCAUGGCUACCGUGUGCAGGUGGAGAAUCCAGAGCGCUUCUCCUCGGCCCCCUGCCUGCUGGGCUCUCAGGUCUUCUCGAAGGGCUCCCACUCUUGGGAGGUGGAUGUGGGUGGUCUGCCGAGCUGGCGAGUGGGCGUGGUGAGGGUGCAAGCGCACGUGCAGGCGCAGGCGCAGGCUGAUGGAGGUGGCGAAGGCCACUCGCACAGCUGCUACCACGACACACGUUCAGGCUUCUGGUACCUGUGCCGCACGCAGGGUGUGGAUGGAGACCACUGCAUGACCUCAGACACGGCCACCCCCCCUCUGGUCCAGGCCAUGCCGCGCCGGCUGCGGGUGGAGCUGGAGUGUGAGGAGGGUGAGCUGUCCUUCUAUGACUCGGAGCGCCACUGCCACCUGUAUACCUUCCACGCCCACUUUGGGGAAGUGAGGCCCUACUUCUACCUGGGGGCCUCUCGGGGCGAUGGUCCCCCGGAGCCUCUGCGCAUCUGCCACCUGCGUGUCUCCAUCAAGGAAGAGCUGGACAUCUGAGCUGCCAGGGUCUGCUGGACACUGGGCUGGGGGCCUGUUUUGUCCCAACGUCUUCUGGUAGCCCACUGUUGACACUCAUGCAGCGUCCUGCAUCCUGUCUCGUCGUGUUUCGGGAAUUCCUUCUAUGCCUCUGUCUGUAUUUUUGGUCCCCUAUCUGCCCCAGAGUUAAGAACCAUCAGGAGAUGCUUGGUGAUCUAGGCACCAUUUAGAGUCGUGGCACCUUUGAGGUGUGGGUUUUCUGAUUUCCUUUGUCCUAGAAUUGCUGGCGAAAAUGUUUUCCUGUGGAAUGGGCAUUUUAAAUGUAGGUGUGACUAUUUUUAGAGAUGACGAGGCCAGCCUAUCAGAGAUGCCUCCCCCCCACACACCCCGAGCUGAGGACCGAACCCAGGGCCUUGUGCUUGCUAGGCAAGUGCUCUACCACUGAGCUAGAUCCCCAACCCCUAGAGAUGCCUCUUGUUGAGUCAGUGUGUCAUUUAUAUUUCCCAGGAAGAGAGCCUUGUCGGGCCACACAGGGAACCCCUAGGAUUGGUCAGGUGGGUAAAGCCUUCACCCAGGCUUUCCUGUCUCAGUAGGGCAAGCGCAGCACUAGCCAGCUCAACUGGGCAGCAUGACUUUUGGUGGUUGGUGCGAGGCCCAACACUGACAGGGAUGGUUAGGACAGGAAAGUCCUGGCCUGCUCUGGCAACUGUACAGGGUGUAGGGUACUCUAGAGUACAUCUCGGAGUUUGUGGAUGUCACAGGAAAGGCAGCUCUAAGGCUUUCGGCAGGCUAAGGAUUGACCAGUUUCAAGCCAGUGGCCUAGAGGCUGAAGCAACAGAGUGCAGGGAGAAGACAGCUGAUGUGGGCGGGCCAGGAGCCCGAGCUGUCCUGCUCACUCUGAGGCAGAGCUUCUAGUUGGCAUGGAAUUGGCCCUGAUUGGUCGAUUCAUGCUUUGAAAGUUCCCCCUGAAACCAUUUUUUAAAAAAAAUGAACUGUUUUGCCUCUCUCUGGGCCUCAGCUUCCAUAUCUGUGAAUUAGUGAUAGUCUUGGGAAUCAUGGACAGAAGUUCUGAGAAGGGGCUUUGGAGUGCUGUUUGAGUUAGGAACUGGGAGGCCCCAGCUUGCAGGCUGACAACCCCGGGACGGGAGAGUCCUGGCCCUCUGCACCCCAGCCUCAUUGCCUUCAGUCCACUUGUUCUUGCUCUGCUCUCUGCCAGACUUCACCCCCACUUCCUUUGUGUGUACCUCCACAUUCUCUUUCUCAGUCAUGCCUGUAGAGUCUCAUUGCCAGCCACCAAGUCCCAAGUGGUGGUGUACGAAGAACUACCUUCCCAGGUGCACUGUCAUAAUCAGGGACACAUUAUUGACCUAAGACCUGACAUCCCAAAUUCAGCCUGCACCCCUCGUUACAUAAGCCUGCUGGUUUUAAACCACGCCUCUCACCCACUAAUUGGCUAAAAUGGGUCAUACUCGUUGCUUAGCUAGCAUGCGGGGCCUCAGAAGAAAUACCAGUGCAGGCCAGGCUGGGAGCAGGGCCAGUGUGGGCAAACCACCUUGUGGCAGAUGCUUGGGCACUUUGGGAUCCAAGGAGAUGUGAAAGGUAUGCCUUUGGUGCGGGGCGUCCAGUUUAUAUGUGAGACGUUUCCUCUGAAAUUACUGUUACAGUGAGCUUUUUACUUUCACCUGAACUCGUUCUAAAUAGGGUCAUUUCAGUGAUCUAGACUUCCUUUAGAAAAACUUCAUCCACUGCUGACAGGCUUUCUCUGAGUGCUUUUGUAAACAUAAUCCCAAUUGUAACUUGUACCUGCCUUCCUGCUUUCAUUGUAAGAUUUCCUGGUGUGUGGUGAAUGGACUGUUUAGUUAGUUGGUGAACACUUGGCUUGUCGCAGCUUUUUUAGCUUUUAAGAGCACGGCUGCUGUGAAAUCUGUGCAAGUUUUGUGUGGCCGUGUCUUUUUCUUGAUUCUCUGUCGUAUACCUCGGAGUCUGUUUUCCAGGUCAUAUGAUAAUUAUAUUAAACCCUUUGAGGACUUGCCAAACUGUUUCUAAUAGAGCCGUGCCCAUUUCUCCCCCCACCCCCACCCCGGCAGCAGGCGAGGGCUGGGUUGUAACACAUUCUUGCCAGCACUGUCCGCCCUCUAACUUAGCUGUCCUGGUGAGGAGGAAGUGGGUCGCGUUUGGCCUCUCGUGGCCGUCCCUGACGGUGGGAACUGGAACAUCUUUUCUCACGCUUGCUGUGUUUCUACUUCAGAGACAUCAAAGCCUUUGCCCAUUGAGUUGUCUGUCAUUUGAUUAGAAAGUUUUAUGAGUUUGUUGUGCAUUCUAAAUAAAAGUUCCUCUGUCAUAUAAAUUACUUGUAAAAACUUUC